GACGGUAAACAAAAUCUUGGAGCAGCUUGCUAGCAUAAGAAAAAUAAAAUAGAGAAAUAAAAAGCAAAAAUAGAGAAAAAAACUUCAAGUACUGGCCAUGGAAGCAGCAGCUUCAUCAUGUUCAAUUCUUCAUCCCCUUCGUUCAUCAAGCAACUAUCAUAGCAAACACUACACUGAAACCCCACCUAGAAACAGCAGCAGCAGCAGCUGCUGCAAUAAUCUCUAUCUGGGUCUUCCAUUUUCUUCCACUUUCCUAAGAAACUACACUUUCCCAGGAAAAUUUGUGCAACAAAAUCUGUUCACUACAUUUUGCUUAACACCUAGCUCUAGUAAACAAAACCCAUCUACAGAAUUUGCUGUUCUUCUUGAAGUUGACGGGGUACUUAUAGAUGCAUACAGGUUAGGAAAUCGCCGGGCUUUUAAUGUAGCAUUUCAAAAGCUUGGACUUGACUGUGCUAAUUGGACUCAGCCUAUCUAUCAAGACCUUGUAAGAAAGAGCGAUGGUGAUGAGGAGAGGAUGCUGGUUUUGUUUUUUAACCGGAUUGGCUGGCCUACUUCAUUGCCCACAAGUGAGAAAGGCGCGUUCAUAAAAAGUGUACUGCGAGAAAAGAAAAAUGCAUUGGAUGAAUUUGUGGCAUCUAAAAGUUCACUUUUACGUCCUGGAGUUGAAGAUUUUAUUGAUGAUGCAUCUAAUAAAGGAAUACCUGUUGUCAUCCUAACAGCUUAUGGUAAAAGUGUGGAAAAGAUUGCCAGAUCCAUCAUAGACAAGCUUGGGCAUGAAAGAAUCUCAAAGUUAAAGAUUGUCGGGAAUGAGGAAGUUGAAAAGAGCUUAUAUGGUCAACUUGUGCAUCAUAAAGGAAUCUUGUCUGGUACGAAUGAGGAACUAGCUAAGGAAGCAAUGAAAGCAGUUUCUGCCCAGAAACAAAAGAUAGCAGAGGAGGUCGCAUCAAUGCUAAAGUUGAGUGUUUCCCUUGAUUCUAGCUCGUCUGAAAGCCUACAAAAGACUGUAGCUGCAUUGCGUGCAGGGGCAGAGUAUGCUGGGGUGUCUGUCAACAAUUGUGUCCUUAUUGCUGGAAGCCAAUCUGGAGUGGCUGGAGCUGAGCAAAUUGGCAUGCCUUGUGUUGUUCUUCGGAGCAGCUCAACAUCUAGAACUCAGUUCCCAUCUGCAAAAGCUACAGUGGAUGGGUUUGGAGGUCCGGACCUGACGAUCUCUAAGCUACUAGACAAGCGGUGGUCCUGAGAUUGAUUCAAGGGCCUUUUGUUGAAAACUAUAUGAGGCCAUGAGCUGGUCCUUUUUGUUUCCUGGUAUAUUGUAACAGUUACACCCAUCAAAUUAAGACCUUCCGGAGCUGUAAUUUUCCAAGAUUUUUGCAUAAUACAAGUAUAUUUUGUGGUGUGUAACAGAUAAACUGCACUACAGACUA